UUAAUGCGCCAACCCGCUUGAGAAGAUAUACAGCUGAUUUGCAGUAAAAAUGCAAGAGCUACAGCCAUAGUGCAGCUUACAAUCGCUUACAAGUAUGCCGCCGCGCGCAGCUAAGCGAGGUGGCGCAAGCGCCGACAAAGACAAACCGCUGGAGCGCGCAACUUCGCGGCUGGCCAGCACCGCUGCAAAGGCACUUUCCAUUGCUUGUGAUAACAGCAAGCAUCCGCUUCUCAUCACUGAGAUUGAGGGCGCAGUCGAGGAUUGUGCUGUCGUCAUCGCCCGCGCCAUCGAGGACUGUGUCAGCGAAAGCGGGGCAGGCCAAAAGCCGGGAGUAUGGACGGCGCUUGGGGAGGGACACCUUCGCGAGCUGGUGGUGCUAUUCGCUAUGAGCCUGCGGGAGUCAUGGGGGACGCGCCACCCCGCCGCAGUGCGCGCCUGGGGCGCGCUCCGCAACAAGCUGGCAAUGGAGCUGAAGCACGCGACGCUGGAUGCGGACCUGCUGGCGGCCCGCCCCGGCGCCACCACAACGCCUGCCCACUAUUUCGCCGGCCUCGCCCGCGCGCUGCUCAACACCCACACGCUGCGCGCCUACGCCACGCUGUACCUGGACACGGCGGCGCAGAUGCUGCCGGCGGCCGCAGCCCAGUCGGGCUCCGGGGCAAGCGGCUCGCAGGCGGGCAGGGACCCGCCACGGCGCGCGGUCACGGCAGCGCUGGAGCAGCUCAAGGAGGGCUGUGAGGUGCUGAGUGCGAUAAUGGGCAUCGCGGAGGCCUACGAUUACAAGGAGCCGGAUGCAGCGCAGCCGCUGCCACUGCCGUUGCCCUUCGCGGUAGAUCGGCAUCAGCCUCUGGCGAAGCUGCUGUGCCAUGACGUGGAUGAGAGCGGCUUCCUGGAGGGCUGGUGUCGGCUGCUGCUGGCGGUGUCCAGCUGCGAGGCGGCGGAGGAUGAAGUGCCCCGGCUGCUGCACACGAUGGCCAUACAACUUGAGGCGCUGCCGCAGGACGACUGGAUUGCGAUCGUCGCAAGCAAUCUGCAGAAGCACCCCAGCCUGUCUUUCCUCACCAGCAGCCACAUGGCAGCCCUGGCGGCAGCAGCGCCACCUCUGCCCGGGGCUGAAGGCGCUGGCGGGGACGUGCGGGGCAACCGCAGUGCAGGUGCUGUGGCCGGCGGCAGCGGGAGCGGCCUGGGCAGCAGUAUGCAGCGCGCGUCGGCUGGAGGGAGGGGCUCUGCAGCAGCGCAGGCGCCACAAAAGCGCGAGAGUCCCGCAGAGGCCGACAGCAUGGCUCACUGCGCGCCACUCAUUGCCGCCGACGGAGGCCCGCUGCGGCUACGCGGCCACAGGCUGACGGCGGCAAUCAGCGGCGACAGCGGCGGCGGUGCCUCUUCCGCCCUGGGCAGCGGCAGCAGUGCGGGUGAUGACGAGCUGGUGUCACUGGUGCUGGCGCGGCAGACGUUGCGUAUAUGGCAGGGAACGCUGGAGAAGGUGCAGUCGUCCUUCAGUAAUAUCUCCCACUGCACCAGUGAUGCAAACGCAGCUUCCGACGGGCUCUUUGCCGAACUGGCGCCAAACUUCCCUUUGGCCACAGUCCUUAACUCGGGAUUGCUGCGGCCCUGGAAUCCGGUUCUGCUACUGCACGACACUGCAAUACAGGUCACGGCCUACGGACACCUGGCCCUGCUGCGGCUCCAGGCCGCACUGGGCGCCACGGCCGCGCGCUUGAUGCAGCAACAGCAACAGCAGCACCCGCAACAGGCAGACGCCAAUAGCAGCACGCUCGCAGCAACAGCAGCGGCGCCCACGGCGGCAGCGGCGCCGGCGGCGUCAGGGGCCUCGGUACCAAGCCCGGGGUCGGCGGCGGCGGGUGUGGAGGCUGCAAUACUUGGCAUGGUGCGGCAGGCCGUGGCCGUGGAGCCAGACCACUUCAAAGACUGGAUGGCCGCGCAGCCUGCGCUCGCUAGCGCGGCGGGCGUAGCCGGUGUUGCCAGUCGGACGGUUGACCGGCUGAAGGCCGGCCAGCUGUCCCAUAGCGUGCUCCUGGGGGCAAUGCACGCCCAGCGGCGGUGGAACCUCGAAGCCAUGGGCCUGAGCGCCUGCGCCCGCGCCGCCGAGUCCUCUGUAUCUAGGGCCGUUGCAGCGAUGUGCGACGGCACUGAUGGGGCCCAACGGCGGUGCAAGGAAGCUGUGGCGGAGCUGGCGGCCAUCAAGGCCUCGGCCCUGGCCGUUGGCGGGCGCGGGCCGGGCGCGAUCUGCUUGGUGCACCGCUCGUUGCCGUGCGUCAUUGAUGUGUCGCUGCGUGUUGCGAGCCUGGCGCUGGCGCUGCUGAGCCGCCGGCAACGGCUGCGCCAGCGCACGGUGCAGCAGCAGCAAGAGCAGCAGCAGCGGCGCUCGACUGCGCCGCCGCCGCCGAAAGCCGACCCUGUGAGCGUGCUUUGCACGCUGUGGCGGGCGCUGCUGUGCGCACGCAUGUCCCUAUCAGAGGCCAUGGCCCUGCCGUCCCGCUCCAUGGCCGCCACCGGUGGCUACGCAGCCUCGGUGCCGCAAGGGCCGUGGGUGCAGCGGCUGCGGCGGCGGCUGGCGGACCUGGACGGCUUUUGGCGGACAGUGCUGCCGGCAGCCGCCGCGACAGCCCAGGUCGUGCACGCGAGUGGACUGGGGGGCAGCCUCAGCUGGGAGUGGGGCAUGACCGCCCGGGCGCUGCGCCUGGGCACGCCCGUGAGCGCGGCGAAGGUCACGCUGGUCACCUCAAUACCUGACGUGGAGGCGGCGGUGCACCAGGGCUAUGUGCGCACGGUGGAGCGGGUGCUGCGGCAAGCAGCAAGGGAGAACAUCGUUGCAGCGCAGGUCUUUCUAGCUGACCUGAUCUACCCGACGGCCUGCUUGCCCUGGGUAUUCGUGUUCGUGCGCGCGCCGCCGCUCGAGACGGCGUCGCUGCUGGUGACGCUGUCCAAGCUCCUCCGCCGCUCCUACACACGGCUGCCCGGCAACGUCUCGCAGCUUCGGGCCCUGGUGGACGCGUCUGGCACCAUCCGCCUGCCCCGGGGUCCCUGCAGGACGUCGUGCGGCCUGCUAACGGUUGUUCGGCGGCUGCUGGGACCGCAUGUGUCAGGCUUGAUGAGUAUCACAGGACUCGCUGCGCUUGAGGCGGAUCGCCCCGCUGCACCAGGCGCUACACCAGGCGGUGGCAGUGGUGGCGGCGACAGCGGCAGUGACAGUAGCAGCGGAGGCUCGGGCAACGGCGGCAGCGACGGCAGUGGCAAUCAGGAGGUUGUGGCCCGGGAGCGGCUGCGGAAGGUGCUGUCGGUGUGCGUUACUACGCUGCUCUCUGAGGUGGCGGAGGCGGUGCGGCGGGUGGGCUUGGUGUACGAAGUGGAGCCGUUCGCGGUGUCGGGUGACGGACUGCUGGACGGGGUGACGACGCUUCUGGCCUGGAUGCCGCUGGUGUGCCGCACCGCCGCCGCUUUGGAGGCGCCGCCCGCCGGCCUGGGCAUGCCCGCCAGCGGCAGCAGCAGCACCGGUCGUGGCGCCAACAGCGGCAAAGGUCCAGCCCCACUGCCGCCGCAGCUGGCAGAUGAGGACGUGGAGGUGGCGAUAAAGGGGCUGCGGCCGCGCACUGUGGUGGGGCUGGCACUGGCGCAGGCCGAGGUCAGGGCCGUCGCAAAGGACUUAGACCUCAAGGCGCCUGGCGGCCUAGGUACUGCGCUUGAGCAAGCGCUGUGGGCCAUGCUGAUAUUUUCGCCGGUUGUCUUGGGAGGGAUGAUCAGUGGCUCGGAGGCGGAGGCGGCAAUGCCGGGGCCCAAGAUCGUCACGGUGGGAGAGAGCAUUGUGCGCAACGACUUCUCGCCAAUGACCAUGGCGAUGUUCCGACGCGUGUUGGGCGAGGGCAGGCCACUGGCGUCGCCGCAGCUGCUGGCAAACAUUGAGAAACUGUGGACGGCAGCGCAGCAGAGCAUGCGCGGACGAGACGGUGGCGGCGCCUGGUUCAUUCCGGACCUCAGCACGGCGCCCUUUUCCCACCACAACAAGUUGGUGCCAAGCGCCUUCCGGCUGCCGCGAAGGUUGUGCAGUGUGGCGAGCCGCCUGCUGCUGUGCUGCGCCAAUCCCGAAUGCGGCAGCCUGGAGGGAGACAGCGAGGCAGGCGCGCGGCUGCUGCGCUGCAGCCGUUGCGAGGCGGCGCGGUACUGCAGCGCAAUCUGCCAGAAGGCGCACUGGCCGGAGCACAAGGGCAGGUGCGUCCGCAAGGCGGUCCCCGCUGCACCCGCUGCGGCUAGGAGCGCGUCAGGCGCCGCGGCGGCGGAGGAUGACGUUAUUAACUUGACAGAGUAACCUUCCCUCGGUUCCGUUCGGAUGAUAAUGUCAUGAAGGAGUAGGUUGACUGGUCGUUGUAAGUUCGAGUUUCUACGAUGGGAACUGUCGAGGGGGCUUUCGAAGUGGGACGAGCCCUACGGAAUAUCUGAUACAGUUUUGUUAGCAGCCCCACCGCUCUCUAGGUAGAUGGGUGCCUAUAAGCAGGAGUGCUCAGCUCACGCUAUUCAUUGAUACACUUGUCCCGUAAGCACGACAGUGGGCCGAACGUACAUAGCGGUCUGAGGCACGGUACGUCCCCAUGUUUCUCCGGACUUCUAUGGCGCUGCUACCGAGACCAACUUGGGUAUGGCA